UGUGGCUGCGAGUUAAUUUGUGCGAAAUCUUUCGUCUUUGUUGUUGGACUCGCGCUUGGACCGGAGCGGCGGGGAGAGGAUGUGGGAAUCAAUUUUUCUAACGGUGAUUGCGACCGCCGGCAACAACAUCGGUAAGAUCCUUCAGAAGAAAGGCACCAUCAUUCUUCCUCCGCUCUCUUUCAAGCUCAAGGUCAUAAGGGCGUAUGCUUCAAACAAAACAUGGGUGAUAGGUUUCCUCAUGGAUAUAUUUGGGGCGAUCUUGAUGUUAAGGGCAUUGUCUCUGGCUCCUGUCUCUGUAAUCCAACCAGUUUCUGGCUGUGGACUUGCAAUUCUUUCAAUCUUUUCUCAUUUUUAUCUCAAGGAAGUCAUGAAUGUUAUUGACUGGAUGGGCAUUACCUUGGCGGGUUUUGGCACAAUAGGAGUUGGUGCUGGAGGUGAGGAGCAAGAGGCUGCUGCCUUAUCUGUUUUUCAUAUACCUGUGCUGGCAUUCGUAGUUUUCAUCUUGUUUGUUCUUCUCAAUGGAUGGGUUCUUAUGUGCAAACGUCAUAGGAGAGAACAGGAGAUGAUGGAAUAUGAUGUUGUUGAGGAAGUCAUUUAUGGCUUGGAAUCUGGAAUUUUGUUUGGGAUAGCAUCUGUAAUGUCAAAGAUGGGGUUUUUAUUUCUGGAGCAGGGUUUUCACAAACUGUUAGUCCCUGUUUGCAUCUUGAUCAGUGUUUGUUGUAGUGGUACUGGAUUUUUUUACCAGACAAGCGGUCUAAAGCAUGGGCGCGCUAUUAUAGUUUCUACAUGCGCUGCUGUAGCAUCUAUUUUGACUGGUGUAGUUGCUGGGAUGCUUGCUCUGGAUGAGACGGAAAUCUUCGGGGUCAUGUCAGAGUUUAAUUUAUCCACAAUAUUUUGCUGCAGGUUGCUCAUUAUUGUGGGGGUGAUUUUGCUUGUUGGUUCCAGACGGCUAAUCAGACUCCUUCCGUCACGUUCGAGACGCUUUAUGAGAAGUGGUGCUGAUAAGAGUUAUAGUACUGGCCCUAGAAGAUCUGGGAGUUCCUCUAUUAGGGAACCAAGCCCGAGUGCUGUGAUUCAAGCAGCAACGUUAAAUCAUUUACUGUCAUCAUCUUCCAAAGAAAAAGCUUGAUCUGACAUGCACCAGAAAGUCAUCCUUAUCUCAUCCACAAUGAUUAAGAUGUAAUCUGACCUUCCCGUUAUGAUUAGGGUGUAUAUGUACAGUAUGAUGCUGCUUCAUCAGGGGGUAUGAAUAUUUUGGAAUCAUUCCUUCUGAUAUAUUAUGGACACAUUGUUUGCUUAAUUUGCUCUGCGCCCCCCUUGUAUAAACAAUGUCUAAGCUACCUUUCAUUUUUCAAUAUUGUAUGAUUGUAUA